AUGGUUUCCGCAAAGAAGCACGUCCCGAUCGUCAAGAAGCGCACCAAGCGUUUCAACAGACAUCAGAGUGACACCUUCAAAUGUGUCGACCCAUCAUGGAGAAAGCCCAAGGGUAUUGACAACCGUGUCCGAAGACGAUUCAAGGGUACCAUUGCUAUGCCAUCGAUUGGUUACGGAUCCAACAAGAAGACCCGCCACAUGAUGCCCUCCGGCCACAAGGCCUUCCUCGUCAACAACGUCCGAGAUGUUGACCUCCUCCUCAUGCACAACAGAACCUUCGCCGCAGAGAUCGCACACGCAGUUUCAUCAAGAAAGAGAGUUGAGAUUAUUGCCCGUGCUAAGGAAUUGGGAGUCAAGGUCACAAACCCCAAGGCGAAGCUUACCGUUGAAGUUUAA